AAAAACUGCACCCUAUCUAUAGCUGCGUGUAAACCCCCUUCACAAGGAGCUAAGUCAAGAAAGAACAUGGGUCUAUCGAUUGCAAUGAAGCUUGUGCUAUUACUAACACUGUUCACAAUCGCCACCACUUUGGCUAUCCAAAUUGCAUCAGAAUCAGGACCUGAUUCCGAUGUGGGAAUUCCCAGUAAAAACAUCUCGAGUCCAGGGGGCGAGAGAAGUCUUUUACAACGAAUGCUGAAAGGAAAACAUCAUAGGAAGGGAAGACAUCAUCGAGAGCGGAAGCUUAAGCCCCGUCAUCAUCGAGAGCGGAGGCCGAGGUUGGCAGCCGAAGAGCCGGUCGGAAACGCUGCGGCAGUGGUGGCUCAAGACGGGUCGGGAAACUUUCCGAACAUCAAGGCGGCACUUGACGCGUCACUCAAGAGGGGAGGUGACGGGCGAUUCGUCAUUCACAUUAAGAGUGGCGUUUACAGCGAACAUGUUGUGGUGACUGAGGCAAUGAAGAACGUUAUGUUCACUGGCGAUGGUAUGGGAAAGACCAUUAUCACUGGUAGCCUUUCUAUCAGUGGAGAUAGGGGUACAUCAGAAUCUGCGACCGUUAUUAUAAAGGGUGACGGGUUCGUGGCUCGCGACAUAACAUUCCGAAACACAGCAGGCCCUGAGAAGCAGCAGGCUCCGGCAAUCACAUCAUCUGCGCCGCAUUCAGCUUUCUUCCGUUGCGGUUUCGAAGGGUAUCAGGACACCAUCGUCGCCAUGCGAGGCCAACAGUUCUUCAAAGAGUGCGACAUCUAUGGCACGGUCGACUUCAUCUGCGGAGACGCCGCAGCAAUCUUCCAGGACUGCAACCUCCGCCUGAGGAGAUCGCCUGGCCGCACAAUCACCAUCGCCGCAUCCAGCCGCAACUCAGCGAAUUCACCCACGGGAUUCGUGUUCCACAACUGCCGGGUCACGGCGGAGCCGGAACUGAGCCAGGUGAUCGGGACGCACAAGAUUUACUUGGGCCGGCCCUGGAGGUCCUUCGCCCGGACGAUCUAUAUUCAGAAUGAUUUGGACGUCCCGAUUCAAGCACAGGGGUGGAUGCCGUGGGAGAAGAGGCCGGAUGGGGCGGACGCGAACACCGUUUAUUACAGGGAAUACGGGAACAGGGGUAUUGGUUCGUCAACAGGAGGGAGAGUGAAGUGGCCAGGGUACCGAGUUAUGGACUCGAACGAGGCAAGUCAAUUCACCGUUGCGAAUCUAAUUCAGGGACAUACUUGGCUGCCUAGCACUGGCGUGCCAUUUAACGCUGGUUUGUAGGCCAGCCUUCUGUGGAAUUGGGGAUUGCCAGAUUUUCCUAACAAUGGAACGUAGUAAGGAAUUCGGGAUCAUCGCGCCAUCUUCGAAGAUAAUUUUGUUUUUCUGUUUUGAGAUAAUAAGCUCAGUAGGUAGUUUCUGUUUUUCCGAAGUUAGUGAAAUAAAAGUAAUACGAUUUUCAAGAUGAUUUUAAGGUUUCUUGUCCUCAUGGGUGGAAUCACGGUUUUGU